GUUGAUGUUGGGACGUGCUGACUCUUCUGAGUGAAUGUGGGUUCAUUUCCUUCGUGUGUUUCAGGGAAUGGCUUCACACGGACGAGGUCGCUCCACUGGUGGUUCCGCCCCGCACGGAGAGGAGCGUCGAGGGACGACGUCGUCGCUGGCAAGGGAAACGAGUCGGGGAGUUAAAGGUGGGGAGGAAGAACGACGUGCUCAAAACUUGUGGUGCGACUACAGCAAACGCGUCUGGUAUUUGGACUGGGCGAGCCAGGACGGCUCCCACCCGUUGCAACCACCGUGCGGGCCGCUCUUGUUCGCCGCCGUUCGCGCCGACAGAACGCGUCUCGCAGGGUCCAUCGUUCAGUGGGUCGAUGAUGGCGAACACAAUUUCAAGUUUACGUUGAAGAAGCAUUACAGAAGUGAUGGUUCUGUCGUCGACAUCGCAAAGGGAUGCAAGGUUGCCGGGAGGAUGUUCAGCGGGUACGGCCGUCGUGCGAUGUCUUUGCCUCACUUUCUCCCGCUAGCGCCGGGGCACGACGAGGCCGUUCACGUCACAGACUUCCUCGAGGUCUGGGCGAAAUCUGGUACCUCUGUCAGUGCCGUGGACGUCGGACCUAGAACAUCGAUCAGUGGUCCUGUUGAGUUCGCGGGAGGAGAGUGCUCUGAAAGGGAGAUGGGAAGUCAGGGUGGCCUGCCAGCUACGCCUCCUGAUCAAGAGGUGGGCAUGUCAGACGACUCGGAGGACGACCAUCCGCGUACUCCUAUGAAACCGGGCUUGCAUGUAUCUCGCCGCCAAGGUUUGCUUGGGGAGUCGACGCCACAUGGAGGCGGCGAUGGCGAACAGUUGCGACAGAGCUCAGAAUCGACGACUCCUCGUGGUCUGGUCGAAAGGAUUGGUUCGUUCGUUCGUGGCAUGCAGGUGGCCGAGGUUUCGCCUGGAGAUCCAGCGGGUGGUCUGCAGGGUCGAGAGGUGCGUGGGUCAGAUGAGACGACUCGCCGGGCCCGACCAGCGCCGGGGGAAUUGCAGACGGAGUUGAGCCAGGAACGAGAAGCAAGUGGGAACGUCGCCGGUGAGGAGGAGGUGUCCGAGCAGGGGCUGUUCCGUGAGAGAUCGGCUGAAAAAACUCAGUCGGGAGGCAAGCGCAACUUGCCGGAUGAGGAAGAGCGAGAGGGACUAGGUGCUCUGAAAAGGCAGAGAAAGGUAGGAGGGAGUGCUCGGACGCCAACAACACGAGAGGGCGGUUCCGUUGAGAAGAGGAAAAGGGUUGGAGGUGGGGAUGAAAYGCCAAAAGACUYGUCGACACARCGAAGAACCRGUGAGUCUUCCGGGAAAAGGKCGAAAUCAUCGAGGGGGAAGAAAGCAGACGAGGGCGACAGCGGGGAGGGGGAUGACGACGUGGAGAUUAACCUCAACGCCUUUAACCUCGACAAUGCGUUCUUCCUCGAGAUGCAGACAGGGGUGCAGAAGGACGUCGUGUUGCACAUCCAUUCCGAAAGAAUAUUAGCUAUUCCAGACUGGGAAGACGCGUACAACCACCGAUCCUUGGACGAGUUCCUCGUUGAUACCAUCGCGUUGGCUAUGAUCGACUGCCACGAACGUAAAGACAUGAGAUACAUGAAGCCCAUUUUCAUUCUCGCUCCGAUCGUCGCGCCUCCAGAGAACGGCGAGCCUGCUAUGCGCGUGCUGCCUGCUGACUUUGACAUCUCACACCCGGAGAAAUACUGGUAUUAUCCUGUGUGUGGACAGCAUAACGCGAGGGCAAUGAAGAAGACGUCGUACACGCCUAUCUGGAACCUGUCAACGGAAGCAAAGAAAAGAAAGGAAUGGGCUGAGAAACUUCGAUACUACUUCCCGCUGGCCAUGGGAGAUGACUCCGUCUUCGCUUUGGGGUUGAAGUUCUAUGAGGAGUGGUCGAAAGGGAAACUCCUUGCUUCCGACGGCCGGCGUUGGACUGAAAAGCCGCCCGCCCAUGAGGAGGUGGCCAAGCCAGGACUCUCCACUGUGACUGACAGCCAGGGGCUGAAGAAACACGUCUGGUACGUGAAGGUCGACGACCCGUCGUUGAAAAAGGGCAGGGGGAAGCCAAAGAAAGGCGCAGAGGAGAAAACUUUCUACGUCCAAGUUCCAGAGACGGAUGUCCACUGCUGGAAGGAAUUGGUGGACUUGACGGACCGUGAGAAGAAAAGGCUGUUGAACGGCGUCUUGAACCUUAACGUCGUGUGGGUUCAAACGAGUAGCAAAAAGUUGGCCGAGCAGGGGAAGUUCAGUGUCAAGGAGAUGGUCGACAUAAUAAAAAUGGACUGGAUUAUGCUGAGGCUAUGGCACUACGUGGAGUUCGAGUACGAGGAAAUGGAUAAGCGGGAGUGGAAUGUCAACUCCACGUUCUUCAGGUCCAAGAAGCAACUGUUCGAAGAGUUCAAGGACAGAGGUCUCGACGACAAGCUUUGGAACGAGAGCAAGAAAUUUUUCACGGACACCACAUACGUCAACAAGUGCCCUCAGUUUCUCCGGUGUCAACACGACAACAGCAUCAAAAGAACGCCGGCCCUCGUCAACGACCAGAAUUUCCCGGCGGAGUGGAAGCGUGUCGUCCUUUCGGUGAUCACUGGAGAUCACGCCAAAGGCAAAAAAAAACCUCGGGGCGUUGAUGAAUGCAUCAACAUUAUGUGGACAAGGACAAGCGCCUUGACGACGCUGGCCCAGUUUAACGUCGACCCAUUCACUGCCAUAGAUCAUAAGGACGUGCUGGGAAAACUAGGGCAUCAGCUACGCUCCCACACUUGCGUGCUCGACUUGUGCGGUGCUGUGGACCGUGCGCAAUGGGACUCUGGGGCAUUCGGGUCUCUGAUCGCCUUUGGUGUUGUGGAGGAGAAGUCUUUCAAGUCUUUGACUUUCGCGGACAUCGGAAACCUGACCCAGAGGGGGGCUCUGUACAAGGACGGCGAGCGGAAUCCGAAUCAGUUGUGCAAUCAGCUUCUUUUCUUCUGUGGUGUGGCGGAUUCCGUGCUGUUCUUGGGCAAGCCGCACGCGCAGGUGGUGUGGAGUCUGCUUCUGCAGGGAAGGCACGUCUUGGCCGUGGAUGGGGACACAACGCAGCUCGAAUACACCGUGCAGUAUGUCACCCAUGAAGUGUCGUCCAAGGCUUACCCAUGCGAUUUCCACCAUGUCGUGGUCGAGCCCGUUUAUGACCCGAACAAGGACAUGUUCUUUAAGUUGACUCCGAAGAAAAGGCGCCAGGUCUACUCGUUCCUUUACGGCGAACAACCAAGGUUGAGAUUUGACCCGCGGUGCGUGGCGCGGAAGGAAGUCGCCAUUGCGGUCCUCCAGGGCUACCACGGAGCGAGUCGGGCCGGCGCUGUGAGCUUCAUUAAGAGGCUGGAAUAUGUCUUUUUUAACGAGGAUGUUGUCGAUCCGGCCGACUUCACUUUGGAUAAGUACAAGCUGGCAUUCGACCAUUUCCAGCCAGUUCUUCUCGACGGCGAAUGGGCAGUGGCUAUGAGGGAUGUAAGUGGAGGGUGGAUAUAUGACGAUCGUUGGGACCUCGAGACAUUCAAAUCUCGCGCCUACGAUGCGGUAUUGGAGAGAUUAAGUGAGGUCAAUCGAGGAAACAAGGACGACCCUGCUCUUCGCGAAUACGGGGACACGCUGUUCGAGUUCUUGCAGUCAAAUAAAUGGUUGGAAGUGUCCUCCGCGUUCUACGCCUUUCCGUCAAGCCCGUUAAUUAAGCAAGUGAGUUGGGAGUUGCCUGGGGUCACCCCGCUGGCAGGAGUUGUGAAGCGCAAGUCUCGCGGAAAGGACGGCGACGGGGAUGGUGAAGGCGGUGGACAACGAGGUACCGGAGGUGGAAGUGAACAACGUUCGACGAAACACCGGUCUCCGGGGCACGCAGGCGGCGGAGAGGGGAAAAAGGGCAGCCGGGAGAAGAAGAAGCCUCGCAGCGGAGAGAAGACAAAGCAUCACAGAGGAGACGGGCAGGGGUCCGAUGUCGACGGCGACGAGGACGGUGGGGUUCUGGCAGUAACAGGCAGCACCUCAAUGGAGACGGGGAACGACUUGAGGCCUGGGUGUAUUACGCGGCCUGGCGAGCGGGACCCUGUGAUUAGCUCCACCAGCGAAACACAGUUUGUCGAUGCGGUUGGUGGGGCGGGUGUCGCAAAGCAUGGAACAGGCUUCGCUCAGCUCCAAAAACGGUUGGCGGAUUGUCUCGGAUCAAUCCGAACCUCGGAGACGACCUCAUUGUCCGGAACUCAGUGCCUUCCGGGAAGCGAGACGACAACAUACCACGGGUCCGGCGGCGACAAGCUGGAACCGUGUUCCGUUUCGCCUCAAAAGGAAUUUCGGAUUAAUCCGAACCGCGAAGGCCGUGCCAUCAAGGGAGCACAGCUGUCUACAGAACUCGAACGGGUGGUCCGACGACAAAGACACAGCGUACAGGGACAAGAAGUUAAGGGGGGGAGAGGUGUUGUUGGACAUCCAUGGGACAUUGAGCCCAACACAAUACGACACAGUGGCAAUGGAGAAAACACAGCUUGUCGAUGUUGUGGACGUCAACGAUCUUUGUCCGGAGACGAAUAUACCGUCUACGGUCAUCGACGCCGACAUCUCGAGCCUGUCAAGUUUCCCUGUGGGUUUGGAGCAGGUCGUCGCCUCGUCGACGCGCGCAGGGGUGCCAAUCGUGCUGGGACUGCCGUCGGUGGGCUCUGGUGAAGUGGUAGCUAGGCUUGGUAAGCACUGACUUUCUCUGCUUUCUUCCCGCUCAUCAGCCCUUUCGUGAAGUGUUGUUUGCUU